AUGAGUCGAGUAUCACGAUGCAAAGAGUUCGAACGUGCAGCUCUUCCUUCGGAAGCUCAACUUAGCCUACACGUUGAUACGGACAAAUUCAUGACGCUGUUACAAAGUGAAGAUAGGUUGUCUAUCAGCUUGAAGAAUGACAUCUCAGCCAGAGAUCAAAACCACGUAUUACUCAAUUUACGUUCGAUUAAUUGUUACAUGGUACAAAAGUCGCCAGUGGAAGUUUUGACGCUUCGAGAGGAGGAAAGAGAAACACUAGCUCGCCAGAACUACGAGCGUCAUAUUGCGGAGAAGUUGGUGAAAGCUUGUGGGAAUGCAGAUCUUCCACAGAAACUGGAUAUUGUUCCACCAUCAUGGAACGAUGACCGUGAGCACGAUACAAGGCUAAUCUUCAAGUCUUUAGUCAAGUACAUCCCACAAAUACUAGGACAAUGCGACCGCCAGGUCUACCGUCUUUACCAAGGUGCCCCUAUCACUUCCAAUAUAGCACACAGCGAGCACUAG